GGGGGCGGGCUGGCCACGGGCAGCUGGAAAGAGCCCGGCAGCCGCGCGGUGCUGGCAAGAAGGGUCAACCCGCGGGGCCAGGAGAGCGAAGCGCCCCAGGGAAGCCGGGCUGAGCGGCAGGGAGGAGCAGUGGAUCAUGGCCGAAGUGCACGUCAUCGGGCAGAUCGUGGGAGCCAGCGGCUUCCCCCGCAGCAGCCUCUUCUGCAAGUGGGGAAUCCACACAGGUGGCGCCUGGAAGCUGCUGUCCGGCCUGCGGGAGGGGCAGACGCAGGUGGAUCACCCCCAGCUGGACGAUGUGGCCUACUGGUCCCACCCCAUCGACUUGCACUUUGCCACCAAGGGGCUGCAGGGCUGGCCCAAGCUGCACGUGCAGGUCUGGCACCAGGACCCCUUCGGGCGCCGGGAGCUGUACGGCUACGGCGUCUGCCACGUGCCCUGCAGCCCGGGCUGGCACGCGCUGGCCUGCGUCACCUGGCAGCCCCUGGGCUCGUGGCAGGAGCGGCUCUCUCAGCUCUUCGUGGGCGGGGGGCCCCAGCUGCUGAACAGCGACCUGAUCUACACGGGGGCUGACCGGUACCGCCUGCAGACCACCGCCGCGGGCACCGUGCACCUGGAGCUGGGCGUGGUGCUGCGCCACUUUGCCCGCUACGGGGUGGAGUGCUAGGGAGCGGGCAGGCCCCCCGCUGCGGGGCGGGGCUCUAGGGAGCGGGCAGGCCCCCCUCCGUGGGCUGGGUGCUGUAUGGACCCCCUGCCAUGGGGCUGGGCUCUAGGGAGCAGGCAGGCCCCCCUCCGUGGGCUGGGUGCUAUACGGACCCCCUGCCAUGGGGCGGGGCUCUAGGGAGCAGGCAGGCUCCCCAUCGCGGGCUGGGUGCUGUAUGGACCCCCUGCCACGGGGUGGGGUGUGAGGGGUCUGCACGGAUCCUGCCCCUGCUGCAGGGUCCGGGGGGGGGGCUCUGGGGAAGCCCUUGAAUCCAGGGGGGUCACCGCAAAGCCUUCCCCCCUUUAACAGUGUGGACAUUUCAGCUGCUUGAUGGGGCUCUUUUGUAAGAACGGGGCUGGGGGGGGAGUUGGGCUGGCCCAGGGGGUGGGGAAGGGGCCACGAGCUCUUUCCCCUCUGGUGGGCUGGCUUCAGUCUGUUUAUGUUUCAUGGGGGGGGCAGGACUUCUGGGUUCUUUCCCCCGCUCUGCCAUUGACCCUGGUGACCUGGGGCUGGCCCCUGUGCCCCCUGCCCUCUGUAACAUGGGGCAGCGCUGUCCGGGCAGGGUGCAGAGCCGCCGGGGGCCGGUGGGAAUUGGACCCAUCGCUGGCUCCAUGGGGAGCGCUGGGGGCUGGCGGGGGGGAGGGAGGCCCCUCUGCCUCCUGCUCCCCAAAGCGCUCCCCCGCCCGUCUUCCCCCGUCUCUCUCCCCUGCCCCCCAUUGAACAACCCCCCCUUAUAUAAAGAUCCUUUUGCACUAA